AUGAGCAAUUCUUUAGAGAGAUUGAAAGAGCAUUCGUCUGCAUUUGAUAGCUUAUUGUCGCUAAUCCCGGCAAAGUAUUUCUACGAUGAUGCUACCCAAGAUCAAUGGCAGCAAAAGAAAGCUUCCAAAGCAGAAGCAAAACAGAAGAAAAAGGCCAAAUUUAAUCCUGAACUUAAGGAGCAUGCAGAUGAGUAUCUGAAUGCAUAUGCGACGGCAAAGGACGUAACAGACAACAAGCAGCAGAAGGAGGAUGACAAGCUUGUUGCAUCUAGGCCGAAUGGCGCAUCCGAUGCUUCAAGUGAUUACAUGAAGGAAGCUGUUUCAGAAGAGGAUUCUGAAAUUCUGGAUCAGAAAAGCGUGGACGAUGACGACGAGGAAGAGGAAGAUGAUGAAGAGGAAGAAGAAGAAGAAGAAGAAGAAGAGGUACUAAUUACUCCUCAAACUAAUUUGAUAUUUGAUGAUGAGGGUAACGAACUUAUAGAUCAAGUGCAGGAUCAAGAAAAGAAACAAAAACAAAACCAAAUGUAUGGAGGGAAGGCAAAGAAACUGGGGUUAUCGGAAGAAGAAGAGGCAAAAAGGAAAGAGAAUUUAGCCAAGUUGAAGGAGAAAUUGGAGUCCAAGAUCAACAAUUUGCGGGAAAAGAGAAAAGCUGUAGGAACGAAAGCAACCGGUGCACCAACUUCUCGCGAACAGAUACUUGCAGAACGAAGGAGGAGAGAAGAAUCAAAGCAGCAGAAAAGAAAGCACGAGGAUGUCGAAGAAAAUAAUGAUGGUGAUGAUAACGAUUCCGGAGAGUCAGAUGACGAGGGAUCAGAUGAUGACGAUGAGUCCCAUGCUGUUUUAUAUGGUAAUAUUGCCUUCCUGGAUGGAUCUCAGCUCACCUCGAAUUUGUCGUCGCUCCGUCGAUCAGCAGAUAAAAAGAAGAAACAGGGUCCUGCCAAUAAGGAUAUCAAAGCUCAUUUAUUGAAGUUAGAAAAGAAGAAAAGGAAAUUGGAGAAUAUGUCACUGGAAGAACAAGAUAAGCAAAGGGAGAAGGACAAUUGGCUGAGGGUGAUGUCACAAGCAGAAGGUAUUAAAUUAAAAGACGACGAAAAGUUGUUAAAGAAGGCUUUGAAGAGAAAAGAAAAGAAAAAGUUACGAAGUGAAUUAGAGUGGAAAGACCGACAGCAGGUUGUUAAAGACACGGUUUCGGCCAGAGCAAAAAGAAGGGAAGAAAACUUGAAAGCUCGAAAAGAAGGCAAAGGUCAAAAGAGGAAAAACUUGCCAAAGUUGAGAAAGUUUACUGGUGUUGUUAAUAAGAAUGUGCAAAAUAAGAAUAAAAAUAAAAAGAAAAGAGCGGGAUUUGAAGGAAGUGCAAAAUCGAGGUCCAAAAAGUAA